AUGUGGUUUCUACCCAAGUCUUCGGAUGCCUUGCCAUCUGAAGAAAGGCUGCAUCAUUACCUUUUUGUUCAGAGAUACUGUUUCGCUGGCAUUGGGAUCGAUCCAACUUCUCUUACGAAGACCGUUUUUAAUCGUCUUUUAGCUUGGAUUCCAAUGCUAUGCUUGUUUUUUUUAAUAUUUCCUUUGGGACUAUAUGCACUCGAGUACAUGAAAACUGAUCUGAGUCAGAUGGUUAUUGCUCUAUCACCUAUGUGGCAAAUGAUUUUAGCAGUCAACAAGUUCUUUUUAUUCAUGUGGAAUAGAGAAAAGAUUGUCCGCUUGGUGCGUGAGGUAUAUUUUUGGACACUGAAGGCCAACGAUGCCGAACUAGUUAUUCUGAGCGAUGAAAUUCGUAUAGACAUCUUCAUAUCGCUCUUGUAUUGCAGUUCGGUAUGUCUUUCCGCUUUAUUAGCUGUAGUGUCCCCAUUUCUGACAGCAUCGAUCUUUGCAUUUAAGGGUUAUGGGUUUUGGGAUUCAUUGGAGUUACCAUUUAAAGCAAGAUACUUUGUGGAUCCCAAGAUGUCAAUAUGGUCGUAUGCGUUGAACUACAUAUGGAUUUUCUUCGCCGUGUACUACGCCGUCCAUGGUACAGUGGCCAUCGAUUCAUUAUUCUCAUGGUUCAUGCGUAACAUCUCGGCACAAUUCCGUAUACUGAAUUUGCGCUUCAAACUGGCCGCUAAUAUUGUAGACGCUGAAGGAAAAGGAAAUGAUCGAUUCCAUGAGGAAUUUAAAAAAUCUAUAAUCGAGUGUAUCGAAUAUCAUCGUCGAGUUAUUGAUUUGGUCGAGAAAUUUAAUGACGUCUAUAGGGACCUUAUCUUUGUGAAGAUUCUAAUAAGUUGCGUACAAAUGGCUUGCUUGACAUUCCUAUUCCAGCAGGGAGGAUAUUUGCACACCCAAAUUUUCAACAUUUCCUUCUUGAUAACGAUUACUAUCCAACUGAUGUUGUACUGCCAUGGCGGUCAAAGAAUUAAGGAAAUGGUGGGUAUAUCAAAAAUCUUCAUUCAUAGGGCUUUGAUUGAGAAGGAGUUGCUCUCUAUUGCAGAGUUUUUCUGUUAA